AUGGCUCAGUCGUUUCCUCUCCUGCGAGUACGAGUUGCGGCGGCAUUGUGCGGGGGGACGAUGGUCGCUUCAUUCGAGCAUUCACAGCGAACCUUGGAGGGGGUUCAAUCACUCGUGCAGAGCUGGCUGGUAUUGUGUAUGGGUUAA